AUGCGGAUCAUUCUGUUCCUCGGGCUGGCUGCUUGCCUACACGCAAAGAAUCCGUUAAAAAACUAUAAAAUUUCUAUGGUAUCAUCUGAAGAAAGUAACAAGCCCGCGUUAUUUUCACACGGCGAGAGUCCAGUGUGGGACGUAGACACACAAUCCUUAUUUUUCGUAGACGUUCAUCAGCAAAAUGUUCAUCGGCUCGACUACGCCACGGGAAAAAUAUACACCAAACAUAUCGGUUACGGUCAAGUGAACGUGGUGUCAUUAGUUUCGGGAUCUAGGCGACUUUUAGUAUGUGUUAGAGCUGGUCUGUAUCUGUUGGACUGGGACGUGGCAGGAGACUCCGCAUUACGUCUCAUAACCACCGUGGACGACGGACUACCUGAUAACUACUUAAAUGAAGGAAAACCAGACAUAGAAGGACGGUUUUGGGCAGGAACCAAAGGCCCUCAAUCAGGUGACGAGGUGACACCUGAUAAAGGCACCUUCUACAGCUUCGAUAUAAACAAUUUCCAACCUAAAGUACAACUACGUCCUGUGUCUAUAUCGAACGGCUUAGUGUGGUCCCUAAAUAAUACUGUUUUAUAUUACAUUGACUCCAGCACACAGAAGGUCGAAGCAUUUGAUUUUGAUUAUGUUAGUGGGACGAUAAGUGGAAGAAGAACAAUUGUAGAUAUAACGAAUUAUGGUUACGAAGAAGCAAUACCGGACGGAAUGACCAUUGACAAAAGGGGAAACCUGUGGGUUGCGAUCAUGUUCGGUGGAACAGUUCUACACAUAAACCCGGACCAAAGAGAGGUUAUAUUUGGUUACAAGUUGCCAGUGUCACGUACGACGUCACUCACUUGGGGUGGACCGAACCUGGAUGAAUUAUUUGUUACAACAUCUAAAGACCCUGACAACGAUGAUAAAUUAAGCGGCGCCAUAUUCACAAUACGUGAGACGGGCAGCUCAGGAAUCCCGCCAAAUAAAUUCAAAAUGGAGAACGCGGACGAUUAUUGA